UGCACUGUCUAGCUGAUAAGAGUGUGUGAGGGAGAGGAGCUGGAUUUAUGGAUGCCUGUACAGUGUGAUGUGUCUAGUGGCUGUGGAAGGACCCAGUGUGUAGAGAGUCCUGCAUUCCUCUACGCGGAGUAAAGGAUGGAGAUGUCAACACCAUCUUAAGUAUUUGUCGCACUGCUUUAAGUGAUGACGGAGGACAUUAGAUAUAAAGGAAUUCAGUUCAUAUCCAGUGUGGGACCAGAUAGCUUAUUUACACCUUAUUUCAUACUCAUAUUUUUUUGUGUGCGAUUUGAUGUAUAUACAGACCAUUGAUCAUAAACAAGGCUAUAAUUACUACAAUAGCGUCUUAUUUCUAAUGCUAGAAACAUGAGUUUUAAAUCAUAUUUGAUAUUUGUAUCAUAUGCAUAUUGUUCGUGACUGUGUGCAGGUUGAUACAUGGACUAAAUAGUCAAAUUAUAUAUGGACUAGUGAUCUUAAAAGGAUUAUAUGUCUCGUGUACAUGUUACAUACAUGAACUGCACGGAAAGGAUUCUAUCUACUCUAUUAAGUUAUCAUAAAUAUCUAUCACUGCGCCAAAGUCUGCACGAUCCUUUUACAACAAGAUCUGCCGUGCGUGUGGGCAAUGGAUAAUUGCCAUAUUGUCGGUUUUACAUUUACCUGAUUUGCCGUUCCUCCUUUUUGAUUUUCGUGAAUCUCCACCCAGCUGUAACAUUUUCUAUGAUCAGAAAUGCCGGCUUACAUCAUUCUCAAGGCUGUGUGGAAGAGAUAACAAUUUGACAAUAAUAAUGAGGUCACAUUUUAUAGUCCUCCUAACAAGACCAGGGAUGUCACUUGUAGUUAUUUUGUAGACACAAAUUUAUUCUGAUAUAGCAGUUUUACACUCUGUCGCAUUAAUCAGAAAAAUCUUCUACAUAGAUUACAAGUUAUUACGAGGAUAGAACAAUUUUCUCAACAGGAAAGAAUUGCUCUUGACAUAAAAAUGUCCCACUUUCCCAAUGGGAUGUUGCAGUCUGUGUAGAAGCGGGACAUAAACACAUUUAGAUCUUCAUUUGGUUGCCUCAGUGUGCGGCACUGGAUUGUCUUACCCGCAUUAGCUGGUAGCAGUGCGUUUACAGACAAAAGGAUACGAUCUUAUAAUUAGAAAUCAGACAUUUCAGUCGGACAGCUGGUGGGCUUGGCUGUAAAAUCGUGACAGGUGACAUUUGCUGCCGUGGAAGUGUGAUUACAGGCGGCCUUAUCAUCAUCCGUCGGAAUUUCUUGUUCCGUUAGAAUGUGUCUGACAUUAGAAAACGACACUGCUAAUUACACAGAGUUGUGAUAUUAGGGAUAUUCGGAUUUCGAUUCUACUGGCUCAUAUCUUGUUUUAUGAAAUAUUUUUUUUAUGAGGAAAGUGCAUAAUUAACAAAAACACGUCUCACUCCUGGAUUGAUUCAUAAUGGACUAUAAAAAUCACAUAUAAAUUGAUAAGGACAAGAGAAAAAGAUUUGGAGGAUAUUGUAUUGUAUGAACAGGACUCAGACGGAAAUAGACAUCAUGAAUUUCAACAACCAGUCGAUGUAUAUGUAUACGUACUCGUCACAGACGUAUGAAUUCCACAGCUGUCAUGUUGACUAUUACUACAGCAAGAAAACGGAUGACAACCAGUGGUGGGAACUGUUUGAUCCGAACACAUCAAGGUUUUACUACUACAAUGCCACCAGCCAGAAAACUGUCUGGCACCGACCUCAGAACUGUGAUAUCAUCCCUCUAGCCAAGCUUCAGAAAUUCCUUGGAGCAUAUAAUUUUAUUGGCAUGACCCUUAAGCAGAACACAGAAGUACGAGAUGAAGAAGAGAGGGCCCAGCGAAGACGUGAGAUCGCAACGCAAACACCUGUACCUCAAACACGGAGGGAACACACCAAGCAUGUGAGGACCGGGUCACUCAAGUCGACCAAUACCACACAGACAAGUCCAAAUGUCUCCAGGAAGCAGAGGUUCCAGAGACAGGACUCCACCUCCUCCCACAGUAGUUCUAGUCACCAUGACAGCCUUAAGGACCGCUCAGUCAAUGGUGACCGCGUGCGGCGGCGUGGCAGUCAGUCGUCUCAGUCCACCACAGCUGGCUACUCCUCCUCCAGUCCUACGAUCUCCGGGGGUAUUAUUCGGCGGGACUCAUCCACCGAGAUGUCCCCGCGAAGUAUGGACUCCCCACGUUUACAUCGUGCCCAGAGCAUGCAGAGGAAUGUGAUGGAACAUAGCGCACCUCCUAGUAGAUCCAGUAGUUACCGCUACACAGAUCACCGUGCACGUGACGACAUCUAUCUCACACAUGGCCACCCGCACAAGGCGGGGAGGCAAGGUAGCUUCACAGAACGUGACUACGGAAGUAAGUCGGAUUCAUAUGGGACCAGAUCGGAGUCCUAUACGCCACCCUUAGGUAUGAAUCCAGAGAGUUUCAUGCAUGACUUGCAUGAACGGCUCUACAGCCCCGGUAUGUCGUCGGCGUCUUCAUCUCGCGGGGAACCCGAGUGUAUACCGUUCAGUCAGGAUAUUGUGAACCAACAAGGCAAUGUUAGUCCCAGUCCCCUGAAACCAAAAACAAGGGCAUUUCCACGAACAAACCCAGCAUACGUUGGUGUACCUAAACGUAAUGGCACGCCUUCUGUUAUGUACAAAAGACUCAAUGUAGAACAACAAAUGGCCGAGGGCCAUCCUGCGGAACCUUUGACUUACAGCUCUGCAGGCAUUCAAAUCGCACCUGGAGAUUAUGUUGACAAUUAUUACUAUCCACACGAACGAUCUGACAGUGAAGCCUCACAUUCAUCUACACGUGCGAUAAAACAUGAACGGACUGACAGUCAAACGUCUCAUUCAUCUCGGAAUCGUGAAUUGUCAGAUUCCCAGUCUUCCCAAGGUUCAUCGCGGAAUACCUCGGACAUUCAUUCUUCACAAGGAUCAUUACGACUUCAGCACACCCAUGACAGUACAAUAUCAUUUCAGGACAGUGUUUCAUCGCGUAGUUCAGCUCGUAGUUUUCAAGAUCAAGAAAUGCUUCGGGAGCAAGCCGGAAGUCGUUUAUCACAAAAUUCCUAUAGGGCUUCAGACAGUGAGCGCAAUGCUGAUUAUGCAAAUAUUCCCCAAAAAAUUGUACCAAUGUUCCCCGCGCAAUACCAACAAGACACUAACCAUUAUCGUGAGGUCCUUAAAGACCGACAGAAUAUCCUUGACAAUGUUAAUUAUCUUAAUGACGGUAUUCCCAUCUCUACCCUGGAGUAUAACCAACAUCUAGACAGGGGACAUAACUCCAUGAAUACUGUUCCUGUGAUUCAGAACUCAAAUUUUCAACCUGGAGUGGAAUUAAACGAGAGUUACGAUGAGGAUGUAAACAGUAACGUUUUCUCCUCCUCGCCAGGAAUACAGGAAAGAAUCCAACAGGAACUAGCUCUAGAAAUGCACCCUUCCUCUUUGAAACGGAAAAAAAAUCCUGAAAUGGCCGAUUCCUCUCAGGGUAGCCCAGUGAUAGAGAAAGGCUACCUUGUACACCAGCCUGACGUCAUUCAACAACGACCUGUCUCAAUGGUCGUCCCAUCUCAAUCCGAUGCCAACGUCUCCCUUAGUCCCAGCAUAGGAUCUCUAAACAGACAGUUGUCAUUGUUUCAGACGCGAGCAGGUACAGCUCCUCCCAUUCGAGCGGCAAGCCCGUUGUCCCAGAAACAAAAGCUGCCCUCCGACAGCGACAUUGAGAACUAUGCUCAACAGUACAUGAAUCGACACAAAAAAGGACUCUUUGGGAAAAAAGUUUCCGUAGCAACCAUGCUGACAUGGUCAAAGGACCCUAUCCAGAAGCCGAUUCUCCGAACAGAAGACAAGGGUGUGAAGAAAGAAGCAUGUGACGUUUUCAAACUGAUCCAAAUUUACAUGGGUGACAGAAAGGGAAAGCACUCUCAAAUGCAGGCUGCACAAGAAAUCGUAAUCAAGGGAUGGAAUGUCGCAAAUCUUCGAGACGAAAUCUACAUGCAGAUCUGUAAACAGACAACUGAAAAUAGGAAAGAAGAAAGUUUACAGAGAGGUUGGGAGCUGAUGGCCAUUUGUUUGAACUUCUUCCCGCCAUCAGUGAAGUUUUACUCGUACCUAGAAGGGUAUAUUCAGCGACAUGCUGAAGACAUCAUCGAUCUGCCUAACGUAUGUGCGAAAACCCAAUCCAUGUCAAAACUGGACAUUUUCCAAGGGUACUCAUGGAUCCAUUUCAAACAGGUUCCCAUCAGCCACUUUGCAGCACAAUGUCAGCGACGACUGGACAAGACAAUGCAGUCAGGACCAAAGAAGGGCCAGAGGAAACCAACACUGGAAGAAAUUGAACAGGCUAAGAAAUCCGUGUUCUGCCCUUCCAUGUUCGGAAGCACGCUUGAGGAUGUUAUGUUGCUCCAGAGUGAGCGAUUCCCUGAGAGACGGAUACCCUGGAUACAGGUGGCACUGUCAGAGGAGGUGCUUAGACUCAAUGGUGCUGAAACAGAGGGUAUUUUUAGAGUGCCAGGUGAUAUAGAUGAGGUGAAUUCCCUGAAGAUCAAGUGUGACCAGUGGAUGUUGCCCACCGACUGUAUAGACCCUCACAUCCCAGCAUCCCUCCUCAAACUCUGGUACCGCGAGCUCCACGAACCCCUUAUACCCCAGCACUUCUAUGAGGAGUGUAUCGAAAAUUACUCCAAUGGAGAGGCCGCAAUCCAGGUCGUAAACAAACUUCCCGACAUCAACAGGCUGGUCCUCGCCUAUCUCAUUCGCUUCCUACAGGUGUUCGCUGCAGAAGAAAACUCCAAGACAACAAAAAUGGACGUGAACAAUUUAGCUAUGGUGAUGGCCCCUAACUGUCUUCGCUGUGAAAGUCUCGAGCCACACAUAAUAUUCGAAAACACACGCAAGGAAAUGGGAUUUAUUCGGACCUUAAUUCAGAACUUAGAUACAAGCUUCAUGGAGGGUAUCGUAUGAUCAACUGUUGGGCUUAGGAAUGUGUGGCAUCGAUUUAUGAAUUUUUCUGAACGUAAACGAAUUCUGGAUCCUUGUGUGGGAAAACUAAGAAAUGAUCUUCACCUGUAUGUGUUGUUAUACAGUGAACAAAUGUGGAAUAUUAUCUGUAUAUUCUGUGCGCUAGUGUUUCGGAUUGUGUCAGAGUCAACAUGAUUGGUAUUAUGUAUUUCUUAAAAAUACUUCUAAGUGGAAAAGUAACUUGGGGUGUACGAGCAAAGCCUUGUUUCUGAAGUGGCUGAAGUGGACAGACAUUGGGAAGCGUAAAACAGAUCAAACUGAAGAAGGACUAUGUUUCAUUCAGAAUUGGUAUUGAAGUUAUGCAAUAGUUAUUUGACAUGGAAUUGUAAGCCAAUAGGCACUUUGAGACCAUUGUGUAAACAUUUUUUGUCAUCUAUUUACUAGAAUCCAACUGCUGCAGCCGAAGGAAAGCAAGGACACAAUUUUACAAAAUAUCUACAAAAUCCAUUAUAAGAUGUUAAUAUUUGUUCUGAACCUUACACCCAGAACAUUAGGUGGGGAUAAGGAAUUUAUAAAAAAAAACCACUUUGGACUCCAUGUCUGUUGAAAGUUUUUCCGGUGUAAAAAUAGUAUUCAUGAAAAUCAAUAUUUGUCAUAUUUAUGUAAAUUAUAAUUUAUAAAAAAAUAUAUACAUAAUGCUCCUGAAAUACUUACACGAUACCUGAUGGUCACUUUUAUGAAGAAGCCUGCUUCAUCAUUUUGAAAAUUCUGUCUACAAAAAAUGACGAGGUUUCAGUACUUAUAUAGUGAGUGAUAGCGUUGCUCUGUUAUCAGUUACAGUCAGAAAUUAUGUAAUGUACAAUGAUGUAAAUUACAGGUACCGCAGAUGACUUAAUAUAACCCUGGGCGCUUGGCAAUUUGGGAAAAUUUGAUUGCAGAACCUUAGAACUGUCUAAAACAAUGGGCCAUUUAUUGACACAAUUUCUCACAUAAAUUUGUAAGUUGUGUUGAAGAGAUGGAAUGAUCGGCCAAAAAAAUGGGUAGGGGGCGUUUAUCAGGAACAGGACAUGUAUUUUAUUGACUAUGGUAAGUGGGUUUACUACAAGUAUGAAAUCCAGUCUAAUUGUAGUUUAUAGAUAGGGCAAAAUAUCCAGAGCAUGUGACCCAGCCUCAGAUUGUAGUUUAGAUACGAGUGGUUGCACAACGGGCUAAAGGAUAUGUAUGAGUGCUCAUGCGUGACGUUUGAUGCCCAUAUCAGUUUGUGUAGCCUUGCAAGUGUUCAGCUAAAAUAAUGUACCAACAUGUUUUGAUAGUGUCAAAUUUUGUUUAAACAAAAUGCCUUCAGUAUGUUGAUGUUUAAAAUUCAGAAUGAAAGACACGAGGAAGAAUGAAUGUUACAACCGUGAUAGUUUGUACAUCAUAUGAUCUUUAUAAAAUGAACUCCACCUGAAACGGCAGACCUGUGACACAAGAAUCAGUUUCCAUUCACAAUUGUCCUUCCAUUCAAUGCAUUGCCAAUCUUUAUAACCACGGAUAAUUAUUUGUGAACCGCUUUGAGACGACCUACAAACUAGGUUGUGAUAAAGCGGUAUAUAUGAACCUCGAAUUAUUAUUAUUAUUAUCCAGAUAAUAUCCUUCAUAUUCAAUGGUUUGGAAAUUUCAAAAAUUGCUAUGGACAAACAAACCAAUUUGCAGUAGAUGUUUCAUGCUUAAAUAUUUGUAAUGACUGAUUUGUUUUAUUUUUUGUCAAUCAUCCCUUUUUUUUUACGUUCUGUAUUGCUUUGGUAUGUGAUACAGUUUUCAGCGUAUAUGUCCCACGUUUGUAGAAUACAAACUGAUUGUCUUGCGACUCAAGUCUGCCAAUAUUAUCCAUGUCUAUAUUGUACAUAGUUCCAGUGACCUAUAUAGUGUAUAUAUAUACUGUACAGUUCGUACAUUUUAUCCGCUAGUAAUUUAUUGUCCAGUGUAUAUUCAUAAUGUAUCAUACGAAAAGUUAUCAUUUACAAUGUAUAUUAUAAACUUGCUUCCUUAUAAACUAAUGUUAAUAACCUGUGUAUGUCGUCUAUAAUUGUGUGUGUAUGUACGUCCGUAUAUGUAAUACAAUUUAUCGGGUCAUUCAUGUAUCGUUAAUUAGGAACAAAUUAUCACUUCAUCUCAAUAUGGAUGUGAUUUGAAUUUUAAGUAAAUAAAAUAAAAAGGUUUUAUUAUUAGUUAUUAUUAAAUAUACGAGUAGUUAUCAUUUGUGGUAGUCUAUAUAUAUAUAUACAUAUUGAUGGUUUCCUCAUUAACCCUCUCUCUAUUGAGGAUGUUCUGAAAGAACAAGAUAUUUCAAUACAUAUAUAGGCAUUCUGUGACCAGGUCUUGGGAUAAGCUGAGUGUAGUUUUAUCUUCAAUAAAUAUUAUUUUAAAUCUGUAAAUUCUUCUCUUAUUAAUGUAUUAUCGUUGUUAAUCCAACAGAUUUUAAGACAGUGACCCUUUUGAUCAAAUUUGGUUCUGUCCAAGGGGCCAUAUUAUAACAUUAACCCCUGAACACACAUUUGAACUCUUCCGAUUCAAAGGUUGGAAUAGUUCAUUAUGACAUUUCAGGGGUGAAUGAGUUAUACUACACAACAAGCAAGUUUCAUUUUCAUUGUAGAAUUCGUGGACAUCUUAUGAAUUUGAAGGUCAUUUGUGAGCCAAAUAUUUUCAACCUUAUAAAACUUAAAGUGAAUAAAAAUCAAAGACCAACAUGAACUUCAAAGAAAGGGCGCUUAUAAUGUUCUUGAAACUUAUACCCUUCUGCUUUAAUAUAGCAAUAAAAUAUGUUAAAACUUAUAUAACUUCAACUUUUUAUAUCCAUUCAUAAAACACAUUCAUUGCUUGAAAAUUAUUAUUUCAAUGAUGGAAAAAAUAAGAAGAUAGUCUGACAUAUAUAGGAUUAAGUUGAAGUCUUUUAUACAUUUAUUUUUAAGGAAGAUAUAUUUUAGGCAAUAAGGUGUUUAAGGACAGUUUUCCAGAGCCUGUUUUUUGGAGAUAGAAAAUUCUAGGUGGAAUUUCAAUCAAAAAUGAAAAAAAAUGAUGACUUGAUGCCAAGAUUUGUAUCAAAUAUUACAUCAUCAUUUUAAAGUAUUAAUAUAAAGGUGAUCUUUUUAUGCAGGACAUGUUGAACCCUUUUACCCCGAUGUAACUUUAGUAGACUCUUCAAUGCAUCGAUCUGGAUGAGUCCACUUUGGUCUACAGUGGUGAAAGGGUUAAGGUUUGUCGGUGGAAACUUUAUAGGAACAAUGUAUAGAAAAGGUAGGAAAUUGCUAGUAGAAAGUUAUUGUUAUAUUAUUUACAGUAAAUGUUAUCCAGAAAAUAGUUCAGAAGGAAUCAUACUUCACUGAUACCAAUUCAUAUUUAUUCAAACAGAACAGAAAAGUGAGUGUUACACAUUUGUAAGAUAUGGCAUAUCAGUUUAAACUUAAAAUCUCACAUGGUGUUUGUAUAUAUUUUAGGAGUGUGCCAAUCUGUGUCAAAUGAUGAUACCUACAUUAUUAUAUAUAUUUAAUCAGGAAAUAUGCUAGUGAAAUAUAAUUUAAUUGUGAAAUUCCAUAAAAAUAUGAUCAAGGUAAGAGUUUGUUGAACAGCUACAGGACAUAUGAAUGUGAGGUAAUCGUUAAAAGUGGUUGUGCAAUCUAUUGCUGUCAAUCCCGUCUUACCCACACAACAAUAACGGCAUGAUUUAUUUUGAAAUAGUGGGUAUGAUGGGUUCCAGGCUGAUCACUGGAAAUACAAUGUUACUACUCCAAAAAGAACCUUAAUUUAAGUGUUAACAAAAUUGAACAUUUCAAACAACUUGCUGUUCAUUGCAAAGUUAUUACCAACAAAUAUUUGUGCCAACUUUAGUAUUACUUAUCGGUCGGUUUUGUUUUUGCCCAAAACAGAUUUUGGAAUUUAAUAAAUAGAUAGUAUAUAUAGUAUUGCACAAAAUUCAAUGAUGUGAGUGAACUUUGGUGGGACGUACCAGUAGUUAAAAUGGCACUGUUUGCCUAUUUUCACAGAUUCAUCAGUAUAAGUUCAAAUAAGGCUUUUACUAUUGCAGGUUUCUUUGACAAAAGUAAUAUGUAUUGAAACGUGUUAACUGUUGAGGUUUGAGGAGUAGUGACAAUGUUGGAUUCAUCAGGUUCAUGAUUGCAGUGAUUACAUGGUUGAAUUUCUUUUUAAUUCAAUUUUUUUAAUAUAUUUGUACAACAAGUGUAAUGGUUGAAUGAUAGAUUUUAAAGAUUAUCAAUUGCUUUUUUAAAAACAAUUUUAUCCAUUAAAUUUUUAAAUUGUCUAAAACGUCAUGUAAAUGCUUUUGAUGUAGAUAAUGCAUAAGUUGUGUGUUACCGAUAGAUAUACACAAACCCCUGUGUAAAGAUAUACAGGUAUAUAUUAGCAUGCCCCUGUGGAUAUAUCCUAAUAUACACAAGCCCUAGUGUGAAUAUGCAGAUAUACUGAUUUAUAUACACAAGCCCCUGUGUAUAUAUACACUAACUGCUGUGUAUAAAGUAAUAUAUACACUAACCCCUGUGUAUUUAAAUCAGUAACUAUACAAUAGCCCCUGUGUAUAUACAGGUUUAUAUUAACUAACCCCUGUGUAUUUUUCAGUAUAUUUACUCAAGCCCCUGUGUAUAUGUACCUAUAGAUAUACACUAGCCGCUGUGUAGAAAGUUAUAUAUACACUAACCCCUGUGCAUAUAAACAAGUUACUAUAUACCAGCCCCUGUGUAUAUACUGGUUUAUAUUCACUAACCCCUGUGUAUUUUUAGGUGUAUAUACACAAGCCCCUGUGUGUAUUUUCAGGUAUAUUAUACAAGCCCCUGUGUAUAUAAAUCGGUAGCUAAACACUAGCCCCUGUGUAUAGACUAACAGGAUAUCUAAGUGUGUUGACGUGUACAGAUAUAUAUAUAUAUAUGUAUGUGAAUCGUUAUUUCUUGUGGAUGUAAAACAGUCCUUUGUGUUAUAGAUGUUUUGAUAUAUUUAUCUUGUACAAAAAUAACCCCAUAACACUUUCUGACAUUGUAAACAAAUCUUCGCUGCGAUUAGUGUGAAAAGAGUGAUAUCAGCUUAUUGCAUGAAUUGAAUGUGCGAGCGAGAGAAAUGAAAAAGAAAUAAACAUCAUGUCUCACUCAUACUUGCUCCAUUGAAUGGACAGUGCCAUCAAUUAUACCAUUGUAACUGUGUUACUAGCUACAAAUCACCGACAGACAGAGAACAUUAUCGACUGUCAUGGUUUAUUUUGUGUAAAUAAUUUUGAAAGUGUGUUAACUGCUUCGCGAUCAAUCAACCAGAAUUAGUCGUGACGUUUUCGUCUUAAACAGCUGUUUUAUUUUCAUUGUAAUUGUAAAAUUAUUUCAUCAUCGAUCAAAUGAUAAAUAGUAUUAAAUUAAGACGGACUUAAAGAAAUAGGUUUGGAAUAGACCAUGUUGGGAAGAUAUUUAAAAUAAUGUGUUACCUUUUAAUACAGAAAUUACUGUGCUUACAUCCAUAUAUACUAUAUUGCAUUACAAUACGUACAUUCUGCAUCAGAGCGACACAUACUCAUACAAUAAAUGAACUUAAUUAAACAUGAAGAAAAGUACUAUAGGACAAUUCCUGUAAAAAAUGAAUUACUGUUGCCAAGAAACCAAGUUGAAAGGUGUGAGUGGAUCGUAUGACCUAAUGCUUCAGUCCUGUGGUGGUAAAUGUUGUGUGCAUUUUAUCAAACACAAUUCAUUGUCCAUUGAAAAAAGUGAAAUCUUCUUUUUUUUUUUGAAAAGUCAGAAAAGUAAAAAUUAAAUGGCUAACUAUUGACAACCCUAGUAAAAAAAGUAAAAAAAUUCUCCUUUUAACUGUGUUCUCACAUACGUAUUUGAGAAUCUGAAUCUUAGUUAUAAAAAUAUGUAAUAAAACAAAAUUUGAUAUGGACAGAAUCUGAAACUAUGUUAAAAAACAAAAUCUGAUAAUGACAGCAAUCAGAUUUUCAUUCUUGCGAUGAUAUUUUGGAACAUACCUAAUGCUGUAUCAUUUUGUUGACAAACCUGGUGAACAGUAUAUUUAAAUUUCAAAUAAAAAAAAAAAGUUUUAACAGAAGAUGUAGAUUGCUGUAUGAUUUUAAUAUGCAAGAUAACAAUAUAAUCAUUUUCAAAGAUUGUGGAAAUUUUUAUUACACAUGAAUUUUUUGUUGUCAAACUAUUCUUUCAUGCUAUACAAAAGGUGCUGCCUGAAUUAUGGUAAUCAUCAUUUUUCCAACUGUGUCAUCGAUAAUGUUGGAUCAGUCUAAUCAUGGUCAGUUAUUUGCUUGAAUUAUAAAUGGAAUCAUGGUCAGUUACAUGUUUGUUUAAUUUCCUUGUUUCUUUGUAAUCAGUUCAAUAUUGUGGGAAUUACUGCAGUUCUGGGUUAUCAUGACAGAACAUCAAAUUCUUGUGUUCACACUCAUAAUAUUUGAUUAACAUUGAACUGCUCUUAACACAUUGCAUGUAUGAUGCAAAGAAGUAAAAUUGGUCUUAGCAAGUUAAAGAAAUAGAAAACGAACAAGGAAAGAUAUCAUGUUUUUACCCUUGGAUGUGACAAGAUUUUACAUCCAUUCCAGACUCAAUAAUCAGUUAAAAUUUUUGCCAAAUGUCUGGUUUACAUCUUAUCAAAGCAUAACUAACAUUUUGUCGACAACUUACUGCAACCACUUGCAUAUAGAGGUCAUAAAAGGGUAAAAAAAUGGCCAAGGCAUAUUCUAGGUGUCUGUUUGACAAAAAGACACUUUGCAUUAUUUAUGUCAUGUCUGUCUUACUUAAUGGCAGUAUAAUUACAAACCAUUUUAUUUUACAAUUAUAUUCUCACAAGUUCAGUUACAGAAUAUUUUUAGUGGCUUAUUCAAUCAUCAAAGUUCUGAUGCCAAAUUUCUUUAGUGGCUAAUUUGAUCAUCAAAGUUCAGAUGCAGAAUAUUUUUUCGUUGUUAAUUUAUAUUAUAGAAAUACUGUAAUCCAGUCUAUGUAGAAUGCUCAAAGUUUUUUUUGCAACAAAUUAUUAAAAGUUACCAGUACACAUUAUGUACAACACAAAUGAAUGCAGUAAAAAAAAACAGCUUCAUGGCAGAAAAAGGAUCUUAAAUUUCAAAAUUACACACAAUUUGUAAGACAUUGAUUUUAUAUCAGAUUUGAUCAAAUGUCACUACAAAUAUAGAGUUAUCUGCCCUUGUGAGAUUAUGAAUUGAUUUUUUUUAAUCGUUCAUUAAUUACUAUUAUACAAAUAUAUAAUUGAUUAUUGUAAGCAGGAUGGGUAUUGGACCGUAGAAAUGUGUGUGAACAGAUGGCCUUGUAUUAACACGCUGUGGUGUGUAUAUACACAGUGUGUAGCCAGGUAUAAGUCUAUACACUCGGUGUUAUCUGUGUGUGUGCGUGUGUACAGAAUCUGUAAGAUGUUACAAAGCAAGCUGGAUAAAGCUGUAUUUAAAGACCUGAUUAUUGAAGCCUAUGAUAUUAUUAAAAGUUCAUUACCUGAAGAAU